GGGUUGGCGUGUGUUUGUGUACAAGUAAAAGAUGGAAUUUGACGACAAAUUUAUUAAAUUUUUUGUGGAAUAUCAAUCAAUAUUUCCUGAAAUCGAAUAAAAACUAACUAAACAACACAAAAGUCAAACGCAAAUUGCAAAAUACACGCCUCAAACGGCUGAAUAAGCGAAUAAAUGCGGUACGCUUAACUUAGCAGAGAGUGGUAGUAAAAUUUUUUUUUGCAACGAAACUGACGACACAGUGGAGAACGACGGCGUAUUUGAUCAAAAAAGAAGUGGAGAGAAAAAAACUGCAGCAGCAAUAACCAAAACUUUAUUGAAACUCCUCCGCGUCGCUGUCGUUCUAUUGUUCCGAAUAAAAAUUGUGUCUCAUCCAAAAUAGUAUUGCAAGAUAAAUCGAAAAUGAGCAAGCAAAUCGUGUAAAAGUAAACCAUAAGAAAAAAAAAUUUGUCAAAGAAAGUGAGCGGUGGUGCGAAAAAAGGAAUAAAAGAACAAAAAAUAUUUUGAACAAGAAGAAGCAGCAGUAGCGCAUAGCAAAAGAAGAAAGUCGCAUGAAAAAAGCAAAAGAAUUUUAAAAGCAUUUAGCAUCUCAAUCGAAUAACGAUACCGAAUUCGCCGUUGAAAUUUUUGUUGCUAUUGCCCAUAUAUAGUGCAACUACGAUAGGAAGGAGUCGAGCAGACAAGAUAAUAUUUAAAACAGCGGGAAGCUGUUAGGUGUCCACCAUAGCCGCCACCACUUGACCAAACGUGUUGCAGAUGGUCAAAAUGUGCAAGAUUGCUAAGCCAAUUCUCCACGUCAACGGCUAAGGACACCACCGGAUAUUUGGAUCAUUGUACAAAUAAACAAAUUAAAAAAAUAUGCCGUUGAGACAUUGCUAAUUAGCUUUACUUGCACGAAGAUCAAAAUUGGAUAUAUAUUUCUUCUUCUGCUGGCGUAUAACUGAUUGGCUAUAGUUGAGGUGCUAAGUCCUCAGUGUUAUCAUCGUCAUCCCUGCUUCUUUUCAUUGCCUGCUGCCGCGGCAGGCCAUUUUUACAUAUUUCUUUCCGAUCGUUUGAAUUAAAAGCUGCCACCAUUCGGAAGAAAAAUACCAACAACAUGACCCAUAAUCUCGGUAUGGCGCCAUAUCGUAUGCCGGGUCCAGCAGGUGGCCUAUGUCCGCCUGAUUUUAAGCCACCACCUCCAACGGAUAUAAUCUCGGCGCCGAGUAAUCCGAAAAAGCGUCGAAAGACAAAUGCAAACUCCGCGGCUGCUGCUGCAGCAGCAGCAGCAGCGGCCGCUGCGGCGGCAAAUUCAAUGCAGCAAUCCCAAGCACCACCAACACCACAAGAUCUACUGCCCCCACCGCCAAUGGGCGGCUAUGGUGAUACUAUUGUAGCUUCGAAUCCUUUUGACGACACUCCGCCUUCAAUGUCCAGCUCGAUGUCCUCCAUGAGUCAUAUGGGUGGCCCUCCAGGUCAUUUUGGUCCUGGACCUGGUCCCCACAUGGGUAUGGGUGGUCCUCAUGGCCCUCCACAUAUGCAUCCGCACAUGCAUCCUCAUCAUCCUGGCGGUCCUCCACAUCCACAUCAUCCAAUGGGUGGUCCACCAAUGCGUGGUAUGAGUCCUAUGGGCAUGGGAAGUCCGAUGGGUGGUCCCGGAGGACCCGGUCAUCCAAUGGGUCCCGGCCCUAUGGGUAUGCCUCCUCAUAUGGGGCAUGGACGACAAGGACCAGGUGGCCCACCAAUGGGAAGUCCAAUGGGCAGCUUAGCGUCAAUGGGCGGCAUGAGUCCUAUGGGAGGUAUGGGUGGUCCCAGUAUAUCACCGCACCACAUGGGAAUGGGUGGUCUCAGUCCAAUGGGCGGUCCUGUUCCAAAUGGUCCUCGCGGCAUGAGUUCCCCCAUGCCAGGGGGUCCAGGUGGUUCAGGUCCCGGACCCGGCCAGUGUUCACCCAUGAAUUCGAUGCCUAUGGGUUCACCGAUGAGUGCAGCAAUGGGUAGUCCUCUAGGCCCACCAACGUCGCAACCAGGUCCACCUCACCCGCAAAAUCAAUCGCAACUUCCUCCGCCUCACAUGAACAACGGCCAAAUGGGCCCGCCUCCGAUGCAUAGUCCCCUUGGCAACGGUCCAGCGCCACAAAAUCAUAUGUCUGGUGGUCCAGGGCCGGGACCCGGACCUGGUGGACAGUUGCAGCCUCCUCCCGGUAUGGUUCCGAAUCAACAAGGUGGUAUCUCUCCUGCCCAUAGUAUGGCCUCAAAUGUAAGUGGCGGUGUUAAUAGCAAUAAUUCAAUCAAUAGUAGCGGCAACAACAACAGCAAUCAAAGUCAACAAAACCCUAUGCUCUCGCCUGCGGCGUUAAGGCUUGGUAUACCACAUUCACCAUCUGCCAGUAUAACACCGAACGGGCCCCUGCCAUCCUCAUCAACACCAUCUUCCUGUACGUCCUCAUCGAAUUCUGCGACAACGACGACCACAGCGUCGACGUCAGUGCCUAUAUCUUCACCAGCGCCUGGGAACGGGCCUCCUGCAAUGUCUCCACAUCAUCCAAUGUGCGGAAGCGGACCUAGACCGGGACCUAGUCCUGGUCCAGGUGGAGUGAACAAUAUGUCUGUUGGCCCGGGACGAAGUCCUUUGGCCUCUCCGGCGCAUCCUGGAAAUCCAAGCAACAACAAUAACAGUAGUAACAAUGCAGCUGGUAAUAACUCCAUGACCAACAUGGGCGGUGCUAGUCCUCACAACAACAAUGGCCCCUCGAGUGCUGUAACAUCACCACUAGGUUGUGGACCCAACAACAACAAUAGCAACAACGGUCCCAAUACCGGUGCAAGCGGCGGCAUUGGAAGCGGACCAAUGCAACAACAAAUGAAUCCUAAUGUUCCUAUGCAGCAGCCACAACAAUCGCCACAUGCCCAUGUACCCCUUGGGAGUGGGGGCUCAACAGGCAGCGGUCCUAGUUCAAUGGGUGGUGGCGGUGGUGGACCAAAUCAAAUGUUGCCACCACAACAACCUUCACCACACCUCAAUGCUCCACCGCUUUCGCAAAACAUGAAUCAAGGUCCCGGCCACGGUCCAAGUCCCGGCCCCAGUGGUGGCAUGCCAUCGCCACAUAUGAUGCACGGACCUGGUGGUGGGCCCCCAAUGGGUAUGGGCUCUGGGCCUCCAAAUCACAUGGGUGGCGGUGGUCCCCCACAUCACAUGAUGGGUCCUGGCGGUAGUCCUCACAUGGGACCAGGCGGAAGUCCACAUAUGGGUCAGGGUCCUCCGAAUUCUCACAUGGGCAGCAUGGGUCCUGGCCCCAGUAUGGGCCCCAGCGGCAUGAAUGGACCACAUCAGCAUGGGCCACAUGGUCCCCACGGCCCGCAUGGUCCUCACGGCGGUAUGCCACCUCAUCAUCAUCACAAUGCUAUGGGCGGUGCCGGCCCACCUGGAAUGUUUGGCGGCCCAAUGGGUCACAUGGGCGGGCACAUGGGUCCUGGAGGUCCAAUGGGUCCCGGCGGUCCAAUGGGUCCUGGUGGUCCUAUGGGUCCCAUGGGUCCUGGCGGUCCUAUGGGUCCCGGUGGUCCAAUGGGUCCCGGAGGUCCAAUGGGUCACGGGGGUCCAAUGGGUCUAAGUGGCCCAAUGGGUCCUGGUGGUCCAAUGGGACCCGGCGGUCCAAUGGGCCCCGGCGGCCCCAUGGGCCAUGGCAAUCCAAUGGGUCCUGGCGGCGGUCCUCCAAAACCAAUGACAAUGGGUGCCGGCAAAAUGUAUCCACCUGGACAACCAAUGGUCUUCAAUCCACAAAAUCCCAAUGCGCCACCAAUCUAUCCAUGCGGUAUGUGCCACAAAGAAGUCAAUGAUAAUGACGAAGCCGUCUUCUGUGAAUCUGGUUGUAAUUUCUUUUUUCAUAGGACAUGUGUGGGUUUGACGGAGGCUGCCUUUAAAAUGCUAACGAAAGAAGUUUUCGCUGAAUGGUGCUGUGACAAGUGUUUAUCAACCAAAAACAUACCAAUGGUCAAAUUUAAAUGUUAAACACCCCAACGACAACAACAAUGAAUAGAAAAGAACAAACAUGCAUAAGACAAAAAUAAAAACUAAAGCAAAAGCAAAACAAGAGCUAUACAGCAUUGGUCUAUCCUUGUGUCACAUAAUUCGAUGCAACGAAAUUUAACUAAAUGCAAUGUGUUGGUUGUUAACAAAAAUAAAAAAAUAAAAAAAAAACAUAAAAACAGAGACAAUGAGUGAUAUAUAACGAAAUAAAAAAAAAAUCUACAAAAAUAAAGAAGAAAAUAAGCCCCUAACUCUACUCUGCCUGUCGCAGUACACAUAAGCAACUGAAUCUAUAACAAAAAAAGGACUGCCUCUUGAUUGUAUAAAAAUAAUAUAUUUAUAUAUAUAUAUAUAUAAAUAUAUAUAUAUAAAAAAUAAAGAAAAUAUAAAAAAAUGAUACCCCUCCACACACACACACAAAACAUCAGAGAAGAAAAUUCAAAAAAACAAACAUGUUACUGUAUUGAAAAUACUUAGAUUAUAACAACGAUUACAAAAUACCAAACCAACAGCACUACACCACAGCCACCAUCUCCAACUCCACCUCCAGACAAACCCCACCACCGCCGCCGCCAAAUUAAAGCACAGAGCCAAUAAACCAUUGACCCACACAUCCGACUAUAAAGAACAAUAUGGGAAAAAAGAAAUUAUCAACGGAAACGGAAAUCAUCAACUAAAACACCACAACACAUCAUUCAUGAAUAUAUGAAUAUAAGAGUAUAAAAUAACACUAACAUUAGGAAAAGAAAGUGAAACAAAACAAAAAGAAUUGUAUAGAAAUUUUGAAAUAUUAUUAUUAUAAAACAAAAAGAAAAGGAAAAUAAAAUGAGAAAAAAAAACAAA